AUGCUGGAUGUCCUGGGCCACUUGGCAGGACGCACAGGGUCGGCCUUGAAGACGUUAGACCUGUCGCUUCCGCUCGUGGGUCGGACGGUGGAGUCAUCGGCCGAGGCGAGACAGCCGGGCGGCGGCGGGUGCUCGGGCUUGGGCGCCGGAGAUGCAGAGAUAGUGGCUCUUGCACAUGAGCUCAUGGCUUCGCUUCGACACAUACAUACGUCGGCACUCGGUGCUGAUGAUGAGUGGAUUGCCGAAGUCUGCUCAGAACGGCCUCUUCCCGACGCUCCCGGCGGUGUCCUCCUCCUCGCUGCCCUCCUUGCUGCUGCCACACGCACCGACGCCGAUGCUUCUGGUGAUGUUCCGCUCUCUCGUGGCGAGCUCACUUGGGCUGCCCUUCCGCUCGCCAUUCUCCGUGCCAUCAUUCGCUUUCCCUCGGGUCUUGCCGCCGUCGGCGCCUCGGCCGAAGUGCUUGCCGAUUUGGUCCAUCUGCUCAUGCUGGCCCAUCUCGCGCUCGCCCCGAGCCCAUCCUCUGGCGAGGCGACUCUGGCUGUGCUCAAGCCACGGUUAGCCUCGCCGCAGUCGCCGAUCGCUUCCGGCCCGCAACGCUCGCCGCUCGUGGGCUCGUCGCGCCUCGCCCUCUCCAUGUCGGCCCUGCCCUCGGACCGUCCUUCUGCCGCUCAGCUCCCGCCAGAGUCGGAGCUCCACACCGUCGUCGCCCACGUCCUCGGCAUCAUGGCCAAUGUCGCCGCCAAGGCCGCCAAUGGCGCCGACGCCCUGCUCGACGCGCUCCAUGCUCAUGAGGCCCGCCUCCGCCUUCGCGUCGCUGACCACGCUGUCGUCCUCCCGUGGCACGUCCUCGCUGCCGCCCUGGCCCCCGACGCUCCACGCUCCGGAACUUCGCUCAUGUGCUCGACAAAAGCAACCACUCUCCGCGAAGCUCUGCUCGAAAAUGUCACCGAGCCGGCCGCCCGCGACUACCUCCUCGCCUCGCUCGGCGCCGCAAACAUCGCCCCGCCGGGCUACCAACGUGUCGACGAGCCCGAUGCCACCGCAUCCGACGCCGAGUCGAUCUCGUCAUCGACCGCCGCCGUCGGCUUUGCCGCCCACGUCACCGCGGAUGCCCUCCUCACCGUCGACGGGCCGGAACUCAUCCGUCGCCUCCGCGCCGGUCUCCGCGUCGACAAGCGCACCUACCGCCUCAAGGCCUAUCGCAACGUCUUUGUCGGAUCCGAGGCCGUCGACUUUAUGGUCGCUGAGGGUCUUGCCACGAGCCGCACGCACGCCGUCGAACUUGGCAACGCCCUCGCCGCCCUCGGCCUCCUCUCUCACUGCAAGGACCGUCACUCCUUCAAGGACGCCUGGCUCUUCUAUGUCUUUACCCGCUGGUCGCAGACCGACGCCCAGGGCGUCGUCCGCAGCGCGUGCUCAGACUGCGGCUGCGCCGAGUUUGUCCGCGGCACAGACGCCGUCAACUGCGCCUACUGUGGCUGUCGGCCCGUCGCACAUGCCCCCUCCACCGUGGAAGACACUCUCUGGUCGCGCGCUGCCGCGCCCGCCCACGACCUCGCCUCGCCCACACUGCCACCGUCGAGUCCGCCGCCGGCUACGCCCCGCCGCGAUCGCCUGCUGAAGGUUGUCCUCGUCGGCGAGGCCGGGGUCGGCAAGUCCUCGCUCUGCCGCCGCAUGGCUAAUCUCAAGUUUGCCUUUAAGCUGCCACCCACCAUCGGCGUCGACCAUGUAUUUGUCCGCUUCCCGCGCUCAGAGCAGCCUGGAUCGAGCACUGUGCUCUUCCAGCUCUGGGACACCGCCGGCGUACGGGCCUACCGCCUCGCUUCGCAGCUGGUCUUUGCCGGCGCCGCCGCCGUCGUCCUCAUGUACGACGUCACCAACGCCGCCUCCUUUGCCGCUAUUGCGGACAACUGGCUCCCGCUCCUGGCCAAUCAUGGCCUCCUCACCUCGGCCCGCCUCGUCCUCGUCGCCAACAAGAACGACGCUACCGCUGCCCGCGUCGUUGACACACCUACCGGUGCAUCCUUUGCCGCCGCACACAACAUGCACUUUGUCGAGACCUCGGCAAAGACCGCCGUCAACGCCACCACGCCGCUCGCCCAUCUCGCUGCCGUCCUCGCCGCGCCCCUGUCAGCCGCCGAGAGCCUGCCCACCGGCCCGCCGUCUCUACUCCACGCCCGCUCGCUCUCGCUUCCAGCCUCGCGGUCUUCGGCACUCAAGGCUAUCGACAAAGACAAGCGCCGCCACGUCGACCACCGGGCCUGA